AUGGAUUUCACGUUCACAUCGCAGUCGCAUGCGGUGACUGGAGAAUGGGACGCCGCCGAGGAGACGAAGGCCACCUUCGAAGUGACGAAAGAGUACGAGUGCAACCCCGAGUACUUCGUCGCGCGCGCAUGCGGGCUGGACGGCAGGCCAGCCGACAACUUUUGGCUCAGCGCACUGACGUCAGUCAUCACCUUUAAUCUGCAAUACCGCACGGCGGAGCUCGUUGACCGCUUCAUCUCAAUGGUCGUAGACGGCUACCACUGUGGCCCCGUGAAUCCGCUGCCUGUGGAGGCACAGAUGCGCAUGGAUAAGAUGCAGCCAUGCAUCAGGAAAAAGACUUAG